UUAGGUCGGCCAAUAUGGUGUGCCACUAACUCCCCUGACGGGAUUUAAUGUAAUUAUAGGAUUACAUUUGUCGGACAGCACUGCAGCCGGGGAAUAUUUACUACCAAUGGAGGUGUUUUAAGUGUAUAUACACUGAUUCACUGCGAGGUCAUCUUUAAAUAACGGAACCAUAUAAACAUUAUUAAUCCUGACUUUUUGACAUCGAUUAAUCAACUACAUCGGAAGCUAGAUACAGAACAACCUUCGAGGUAGUAUCUCGAGCGCAUUACGCACGACGGGAGGUACACAGUCGCUCUUCAUUCAGAAGAUGAAAACUCUCAAACCGACACAGAGGGGGAUAUAAAGCAUUACUGCGGAAUACCAAGGAUUUGAACUGUUGCCAGAGCAUCAAACGAGAGGACGAUUAGGAAUCUUGCCAAAAGCAAAAGCUCUUCUCUGUUAUGUCUGUCUCCUCUUUACCGGAAUGGAAACAACUCCUGCUGGAGCGAAAGAGGAGGGAGGAGGAGGAGCGAGAGAAGAGAGAAAAAGAGGAGGAGGCCAAACUCGCCAGCAUGCCUGUUUGGAAGCGAGGGAUCAUCCAGAGGAGAAGAAUGAAACAGGAGAGUUUCGGGGACAAGGAAAGAGAGGGCCCCCUCCAAGUCAAGGAGGGCAGGUCCCCUUCUGAUGCUGUGAGUGACCCAGACAGCGCUACACUGGUGCAGCUGGGAAGUGAAUCACCACUCAGCCCAGACGUCACAGGGCCUUGGCUGGAUGAAGAGUCUAAACCGCAGAGUCAGGUGUUAAGGGAGACCAUCACCCCUGUCCAACAAAAUCCAUUCAUUCGCACGCAUGGCGGGUUGAGAAGGGGAAGAGAAGAAGAGAUGGCUGGGGAGAUGGGCCACGAGAAAGGGAAUGAGCAGGAAAUAGAAGUAGGGAGAGAGAGGGAAAAGGAGAAGGAAAGAGGCCAUGUCAAAGGUCAUGAUGGGGAGUCUGGGAUGGGAAGAGAUAUAGAAUUAAAACUACAGCGAUACAGGGAACGGAGUAGGGGCAGAGAAAGGGACAGAAGUGCUGGAAGAGAAACGAGCCGGGACACCGUGAGAGACAGGGAAAGGGAAUACCCGAGAGGGAGAAAGGAGGAGGAGAGGGAGGAGGGAGACUCAGAUCCUCAAAACCCCAAGUACCCCCAUCCACUAGUCCCAGGCCUUCGUACCAUCAGAGCAGACAACAUCAUCAUUAUUGAACAGGACAGAAAGGGCAGUGAUGAAAGGAGGGGUAGAAGGAGAGAGUGGGAGAGGGAGGUGAUGGAAGAGGAGCAGGAAAAGAGAGACGUAAAGAUGGACCUCAAGGAGUUUAUUUCUGGUGGAGGGAGUGUCACGGAGAUCCGAGCAUCAGAGGUAUUGGUCAUUAAACCCUUAGCUGGCACUGAGGACUGCAGGAGUGGAAGUCUAAAAGGGGCAGGCAGGGAAGGAGAUGGCAAAGAGAAGGGAGAGAGAGAGGCAAAGUGCAAUAAAGAUGGAAGAAAGGACUGUGAGAGGGGGCUGGAGAGAGAGGUGGCGUGGUUGAUGAUGAAAGAUAAAGAGAGGGAGAACUUGAGGGAGAAAGACCGACCACGAACACACACAGCUUCAGAACAAGAGGAUAGGAGAUGUGGUGACACAGAUGACAGUAUCCACAAUGAGAGAAGAGUUAGGGUGAGUGAGCUGCUGAGUAAAUUUGGGGAACAUACAAAGAAAUUCAGGGAACAUCCAAAGCCCCCGUCUCGGUCUAAAAGCUCAGAUUGUUUCAGCCGGCCUGGCAGGGACAGAGACAAUUUUGGUCUGGACGAGGACGAUGAUGGAGACAGGAGAGGGGAGGAGAAACGUGCAGGAUUCAGGGGUGUGCCCAAGCGGUCAUUCAGCUUCUCUGACCAGGUGAUAUGCACAAAGGAGAAUGGCAUGCAGGAUGAGGGGAACCAUGAUAGGAAGGUGGUGGAGAGGACAUGUUCAGACAGGAGGGUGGCGCCUCGGGGAGAUGUAGUGGAGGGGGAAUGGUCAGAGAGGGGAGGCAAGCAGGGGGGCUGGACCCGGUUUUCAGAUAAAGAGCGGGUGGGGAAGCAUAGAGAGGAAUUCAUAAAAACAGAGAGGGAGGAAGAGGGGCAGCCUGAGAGACAGCCUGCGUUGGAAAGUAACACAGGGAAAGAGACUGACCAUGGGGUCGAGAUUGUAACACGAGUGGAGUUAGAAUAUCGUAACACGGGGACAGAGGAACUAACACAGAAUAGGUGUGAGGAGGCAGGGUUUACAAGGGCCUCAGUUAAAAACACAGAGGCCUCAUUUGCGCAAGGAGUGCCCAUCAAACACGAUGGGCGAGAGAGAGCAGUGGAAAGAGAGGUAAAGCGAAUGACAGAAGAAAGAGAGAGAGGGAUGGAGAGGGCGAGGAGCACAGAGAGAGAGGUGGUGGUUGGAAGACAGGCAGAACCUCAAGUGAGGGACAGAAGGGGGUCAGAAGCCAUUAGAAGAGGAUCAGAUGCAAGGGAUGCCAAGAGGAUGUCAGAAGUAAGGGACUGCACAAUGUCAGUUGAAACAACUCAGCAAAACUGUGUGAUCACCCUCUCUGUAGACAGAGCCAGUCCUCCUCAGUCUGUCGAAAGCCAUUACAGACGUGUCUCAGCAUUGACAGAGUGUUCAACCACCUUGCUCAGCGCUGUGGCACACAGAGGAACAGAUUGGCGUAGUAGUCAAGGAGCGCCAGGGAACCAUUCAACCCAGUUAGCACUAUCACAGCACACGGGGGAAUUUAUCAACAAGACAGGGAGAAUCGGAGAGACAGCCAACGAACUUGACAAUCACAAAGGGACCCAAUCAUUAACUCAGGAUCGCAAACGUGUGACGAGGGAGGACACAGAGAAUGUGAGAGGGAGCAAAGCUUACAGGGUGCCAAGUGAGGUGAGCAAGGAGAGCGCACACUCACCUGGCACACACGUGCACAGUCACGUCUGCCCCGAAAUGCCCAUCCAGGAAGUGACCCCUGAGUCUCCCAAGUCUCCAAAGCACGUUGCCUCAGUUGGAAUCCCUCCAACGCCACUUGAGCGACACAUACCCAGGACAGUGUUCUACGGUGUGGGGGAGGUAUUAGAAAACAAAAGGCCAAGCCUCCAAAGCGACGACGACCAGAGCUGCGAAGGAGAGGGAGGGAAAGGUGUGGAGAGGCGGGAUAGUUGGAGGAUCGGCAAGCCUUUGUCUCGUAUCGAAUCCCUGCGAGAGAAAAUCCGGCAGAGGGAGAAGGAGAGGCUGAAGGACACGGAGGGAGCGGUAGCAACGGGGGAUGAUGGAGAUGCGACUGAGGGAAUGAAAAGGGCUGGGACUAGAAGGGUUAGAAGAGCUUCAAGUUCAGAUAGGUGUGAUGAAGGAGAGAGGGGGAACGAAAUGGGGCGAGAGAGACAGAGACAGGAAGGCUCUGCACAGCAGACAACAUCCACUCAGUUUUACGUCACACAGGAAGCGAGCGUGUCAAAAGCCGACCCUGAGCUUCCUGUUCCUCUCUCAUUCUCGCAAUCUGUCAAAGGAGAGGAAGAAAGCGAUCACACGAUCGAGAGAGAGGAAGAUCCAAUAAAACAUGUAGUAGAUGAGUUACGGUGUGACAGGGGUCGGCAGAGAAAACAGGACACCAGAGGCAGAGGAGGAGAAGUAGCAGAGGAUAAACUCUCGGAGGAAGAGGACAGGUUGCAUUAUCUGCCUCCUUCACCCUCUCCUUCACCCUCAGACUCUUUCUCCCCCUCUCUUGCUGAGAUGAGCCGGAUCUAUAACCUGAAAACAGUGGGGUCCAGGACGGCGGUGUGCAUGAGUGAGAGGACCGUGGAUAGGCCUAUCCCUAUACAUACACCCAACGUACAAUCCCGCAUAUCAGCAGAACAACAGGAGCCAAGCAGUCUGGAGAGAUCCGUUGGGAUGCUGACACAGAAGCAGCUGUGGGGUGGUGGUGGGGCAUCUGGAAAUAAGGCCUCUUGUGAUGAGAAUUCCGAACUUCAGAAAAUACAGCGUCAGGUGGAACAGCUUCAGUUGCGAGAACAACAGGAAGUACAGAGACUAUCACACGACGACAACGCAGCACAGUCGACUUUUAGUAAAAAAACUAAUUUGAAAGCUAAAGAGUCUGUAGCUCAGCAAAGCACAAGGAUAUCACACAACCAGCCUAAUAAGGAACCUCAACAGAUGCAUCCGAGGCAAAAGGACCAGCAAACACCUCUAAAUCCCAGAAAAUGUCAGUCUAAUCCGCAGUUGCAUUCUGAAAGGCCUCCUCAAUCCAAUCGUGCCCGAUCCAUUACCAUCAACUCCAGAUCUCUCUUGACCCCCUCUCCUGAGAACUCAUUACACCCAGACCAGGGAGUCCCACCCAGCACAUCAUCCUCCCCAUGCUCACCCUCCCCACCCCAGUCCCCCUCCGUCUCUCCCUCUCCUUCGCCUUCUCCGAUCCAUUUCACCAUCAGAACAGGCUCUGGAGGCCAGCAGGCCAAGAGGGGCACCACCAUCACCAUCACCCCAAGGAAGCCUGUUGGAGGGGCAGCCGUGGAAUCGGUUUCAGUAUCCUCAGGACCCUCAGUCAAGACGUCUACCAAGUCCCAGAUGCCUGUCCUAACCGAGAUAGUAGAGAGAGGCAAGAAGAGAUACCCCACUACGGAGGAGAUCGAAGUGAUCGGCGGAUAUCAGAACCUGGAUAAGUCUUGCCUGGUCAAGACUCCCAAAGGGACUCCCAAAGGGGUGAAGGUGUGUUUCGACGAGACCCAGCUGGAGCAGGUUUUUGAAUACCCAUCAGAGGCCUCUAUGAUAGCCUUUACCCCCUACCCCAUACCAGGUCAGGAGAAAGGGAAGGAGGAUGAGGUGCAGGAGGAAGAGGAGGAGGAGGAGAGAGGAGUGUUUGUGUCAGGGAGCAGCAGGAACGUGGGAGCAGCGGCUGGCCUGAGAGUGCUGAGAAUAGAUGAGUCUUGCCAUCGGUAGACGUCAGCUCGCCAAAUAGCCCAAGUGAUGUUUCAUAUUAGAUUUUUGUUUCCUGUAUUUUGUUUAUUUAAAAUGAUAUAAUUAAUGUUGGUAAUCUUUUUUGAUGUUCAAUGUUUUAUUUUACUUAGGGUCAGGGACUAUUGGUUUUGAAUUUAAAAAAUGAUGGUUUUGAGCAGUUUAUGAGUUGAAUGAUGGCGCAUGUAGCGGAACCUGACUGGACUUUUUAUUUUACUUCUCUAUUUCAAGGUAGAAGUGCAAAGGAAAUAUGAAAGCACAGUACAUAUUGUAGCCUAUAAGUUUGAAUAUAUAAAAGUGUAUUUUUACCAUCAGGUGUGUACUGUUGGGGGAUGAUCACAUGUCAAUGCAAGUUAGUGGAUUACUACAAAAGCCCAUAAUGACAAAGUGAAAACAUUUAUUUUUAUUUUUACAUUUUACAUCUAAUUUACACGUAUUCAUUCACACCCCAGAGCCAAUACAUCCAGCUCUUUCAAGUUGGUUGUUAAUCAUUGCUGGAAAGUCAUUUUCAAGUCCUGCCAUAGAUCUUCAACCCUAUUUAAGUCAAAACUGUAUCUAGGCCAUUCAGGAACAUUCAAUGCCAUCUUGGUAAGCAACUCCAGUGUAUAUUUGGCCUUGUGUUUUAGGUUAUUGAUUCAGAGGGAAUGGGUUAAAUGCAGAAGACGCAUUUCGGUUGAAUGCAUUCAGUUAUGCAACUGAGUAGAUAUUGUCCUGCUGAAAUGUGAAUUUGUCUUCCAGUGUCUGUUUGAAAGCAGACUGAACCAGGUUUUCUUCUAGGAUGUUGGUUGUGCUUAGGUCUAUUCCAUUUAAUUUUAUAAAAAAAUAUAAAAAACUCCUUAGUCCUUUCCAAUGACAACCAUAUCCAUAACAUGAUGCAGCCACCACCAUGCUUGAAAAUAUGAUGCUUUUACACCUGCAUUGUUUGCUGUUUGGGGUUUUAGGCUGGGUUUCUGUACAGCACUUUGAGAUAUCAGCUGAUGUACGAAGGGCUAUAUAAAUAAAUUUGAUUUGAUUUGAUUUGAUUUGAUGAAGAGUGGUACUCAGUGAUGUGUUGUGCAAUAUGGCAUUGCAUGUUUUGGGAUAUCUUUAUUCUGUAUAGGCUUCCUUCUUUUAACCUUUAUUUAACUAGGCAACAGUUCACUCUGUCAUUUAGGUUAGUAUUGUGGAGUAACUACAAUGUUGUUGAUCCAUUCUCAGUUUUCUCCUGUCACAGCCAUUCAACUCUGUAACUGUUUUAAAGUCAGCAUUGGUCUCAUGGUGAAAUCCCUGAGCAGUAUUUUCUAUUAAAAUUGUUUAAAAAUAUAUAAUAAUUACAAACAUAAUUUCAAUUUGACAUUAAAUUAGGUAUUUUGUGUAGGCCAGUGACAUAAGAUCUCAAUUUUAAAUUCAGGCUGUAACACAACAAAAUGCGGAAAAAGUUGAGGGGUGUAAAUGCUUUCUGAAGGCACAGUAGUUUCUGGCAAACCAUGGCUAUAUGUAACAUGAUGACAAUGAACUUUUGUUCAAUUACGGUUUCUGUUUGAACCACAAAGUGGAUUUAAGCGAGACUUAAUGCACAUGAUUGAAAAACCUGACGAUACAUGAUGGAAUGAUCACCAUUACAAGUUUUUAUUUUUGAACCACUAGUGGAAUUAAUGUGGUAGGAUGAAAAACAGUAGUCUAUGUACUGUAUCUAUAGUACUUUGACUGUAUAGUUUUGAAUGGAAAAUGUAUUAUGUUUGGGUCUCUGGUGUUAUUAUGUAAGACUACAUACAUAUGUGUGAUAUGGGUGGGGAAAAAAGACCAUGAUUUUCAGACAUUUUAAUAUAUAGAAUGGUCCUUUGGAGUAUGGAUUGUUGACGUAUAUUUGACAUUUGUAUAUAAAAGCAUAAUUGACCAAUAAUUAAUCAAAGUUGAUGGUUUGGCCUUACCCAGGUCUCCUUAAAGACUCCCUAAUGUUUUAUCUGUAGGUGCUACAAAGAAAACAUUGGUGUCAUAGGAAGCUUCACCGCUUGCUUUGUAAUAUGAGUAGCAUUUUGUUGUCAAUAACAAUAUUCUUAUUAAUUAAUGAAUAUUGAAAAAAAAAAUAAUGUGAUUUAGCAAAAUGUUUAAUAUAUUGUUGAACGUAAUAUACUCUACGGACAUAUCAAAGUUCCAGAGUGGGAUCUCUGCUAUUUUUAGAGUUAUGAUCCAAUUUGUAACAGAGUGAAUGGAUGAAAAUGGAUUCAAAAUGGUCACCCUCUUCUGGUGAUUUGCCGGAUGUACAAUACAUUAAAAUAUUAGCCAAAUUCAAAUUGUAUAUUUCAAUAUUUAUGUUUAUAUUUUUCAAUAUUCAUUAAUUAAUAGGAAAAUUGUUAUUGAAAUCAAAAUGCAUCUCAUGUUGCAGAGCAAGCGGCAACGCUUCAUAUUACACCAAGUUUGGCUUUAUGGAGUCUUAAAGGAGGCCUGGUAAGUCCAAAAUGUAAUAAAUAUGCCAACUUGUAUUAUUUCUCAAUUAAGCUUUAGAUACAAAUGUCAACAAUACUUCCUCCAAAAGGACCAUUCUAUGGAUUAAAUGAAGUGAAAAUCCCCCAAAUCAUGGUAUUUUUGUUGGUCCUAGUUCGUGACGAAUCACCCACAUCCAAAAUGAGGGCACAAAUGUUAUCAUGGUUCCAUGAGAUGCUGUAAUCUCAAUUUUAGGUGCUCUUUGUUAUGUGAAAGAAUCUAUCUGAAGAAUAUCAUAUAUAUGGUAUAUCUGAUUUAUGCUCCCAUGUGUGCAAUUUUGAUACUUUGUUUUAUUCUUUCUGUUUUCUAUUGCGGUCGAAGAAGCUGGCUUCAAGAGAGAAAAACAUCUAAUAAAUGAUUUGAAAUUAAAA